AUGCUUCGUAUCAACUUUCUCCAAUUACUCUUCGUGACCUUGCUCGCCAUAUCUGCCGUCUAUGCAGAUGCAGUCAAACCUGAUGUAUCUCAGAGUGAGUCUCUCCAGGAAGCGCUUGACGACAUUAAGGCAGCCUCGUUUCACGAUGCCCUGCAUGCCCUCUCCGCCAAAUUCCGCCAUGGAAUCUUCCCGACUGACCUGCAUGCCGCUGAGGCUCUUCAAGAUGAAGAACCAACCAUUGCCAGCUUGAUCAGGCUUGCCAAGCGUGAGGGCAAUGCCACUGCCAGCCCGGAACCUACAUCUGUUCCUGCUGUGACUUCUGCUGAUCCCACCACUACUCUGCCGGUCUCUACGUCGUCCACUGAGACUACCUCGGUGCCCACCACUAAGACCACUUCUGCUGAGUCAACUACUGCACCUGCUAGCACCACUUCUCAGCAAACCACCACCGAAAAAACUACUGAGAAGACUACCGCCGUCCCAACUACCGCCGCCAGCACUACCAGCUCGCGCAGCACCACUUCCGAGACCACUGCCUCGGUUACAUCUACCACUCAGACAACCAUUCUCCCGGCCACUACCACCAGUGUGCCCUCGACAUUGACAACUGCCAAGAGCACUUCAUCCACCUCAUCGACUUCCAGCGAGUCGACCUCUUCUCAGACCUCGGAGCACACCUCGCAGACGAGCCUGACUACCUCCACCUUCAAGAGCACCAGCACCCUGCCCGAUGGAAGCUUGAUAACCCUCACUUCCGUGACUGUGAUCACCCCAGCCGCCGCCACCAACGGUGGCUCCAGCACCAACACCGCUCGUCCUGGUCUGCAGACCGGCAAUGCCGCUGCCCCCACCGCGGGCGUGGCUCGCGAGGUCGUCGCCAUGAUCGGAGGUGCCGUCAUGGUCGCCAUGGCCCUGUGA